CGUUUCUAUGGUGACCAGACGCUGUAGAGCUUCGUAUUUUCAGCAUGCCGCCCAAGAAAGUAAAGUCAAAGGCUCGUAAACUGACCAAGGCUCAGAGGGCUAAGCGGCAGCAGGAGGAGGAAGAGAAGCGGCUGCGAGAGGAAGAGGAAGCACGGCUGCACGCUGAGAAAGAAGAGCACAGACGAUUGGAAAGAGAGCGAAAGCAGCAGGAGCUAAAAAGGCUCGAGUCAAAGGACCGAGAGCGCAGAGGAGACGAGCUGGACGAACUCCGCCGUCUGCUGGAGAACAAUCAAACUGCAGUCAUCAAAUGGAAAACAGAUGCUGAGGAGAAAGCCCAGUGGGAGAGAUACAUGAACUGUGGCCCCACCCCAGAUCCAGCAGUACUGCAGGAUGUUAACAGAUUCAUCAGCUUAUGGAGAGAUGACCCAGAAGUCAACAUCACACUUGUGCUCAAGCAUUGUAACCUCGCUCUACAGCUGAUAGAGGAGCUGGAGGUUCUGCUCAGAGACAUUACGGAUCCACGAAAAGGCCAGAACUACCAGGAGAGUCUUCUAGAAUUGCUGGAGCUAAUCCACUCUAAACACCUUCUCACCACCGAGGAGAUCCUCAAGGAGGCUAGUGCAAACAUCGACACAGAGACGGGCAACAUGCAGACGGUGGUCCAAGAUGAAAACAUUACACUCUGUCUGUGGGCCAACCUCAAGAAGAAUCCAAGGUUUAAAGGUUUCAACUUUGAAGAGGCUGGCCUGGACUUUAAGCUUCCCAAGCAGCUGGCUGUGAGAGAUAUCGCUGUACGGAUCCUCCACACGCGUUAUGACCACCUGUCGCUGCUUGCCAGGAUGGCUGACCUGAGAAUACACACACCUGGACACAGGUCUCUCGCAGGUGACAUAGCUGUACCUGAGCAGAGGGAGACAAAAGGUGAGGGGACGAAAGAAUACAACGAGACCCAGCAGCAGAGCCAAGACAAGGAGGUUCAGUCCAUCCAAGGGUCGGCUGGGACGAAGAGUGCAGCCAGUCUGCAGUCAAGGGGAAGCAGUGCUCAGCCUGCGAAAGGCCGAAGCAGCCAGAUACAGACCCAGAUGGAGGCGCUCGACGCUGAGGGGCAGUUGACUUCUCCAGUGCAGGCGAUGGACCACGGUGAGCGUGUCCAAGUGGUGGACUUGAUGCAGUACACACCUCUGGGCGGGGUCUUCCACUACGGCGUGUUUCACCUUCCACCACAGGUCCACAAGGUCAAUGGUUGGGAAAUAAGACAGGUGUUGCGCAACGGGCUCCAAGUUUUCCCCUACCCCAUGGAGAGGUCUAAUUUAGAUGACAACGAAGCUCUCGCCAGCCCUCCCGUCGGUGUGUCCGUGACACUGCCCGACUCCGCCGUCUUCUUGAAAACUCCCAAAGUGGCUCGCUGGGAUGCUGCAGCGGCUCAGUGGAGGAUGGACGGCAUCACCGACGUGUCUUACGAGGAGGCCGAAGCCAAAAUCUCCUUCAAUAUGGAGGCCUUCCACGCCUUUGUGCUGAUGCAGGAUACUUACGCCAACCUUCCCUUCCAGAGCUGGGAGCUGAGGCCGUUGGGCCAAGACUCGGCUCUUUUCACCAUCAACGGGGCUCUCAUCGACCUCAGCAUCACGAUCCAGGGUAAUCAGUGUAUGUUGCAGUUGGAGCAAGUGAAGGGUCUGUCUCACAUAAGGGGGAAGUGGAUGAGCAGCCCCGUCCUGCAGAGAGCCAUGCUCAAUGCCGGGGUCAACAUCACCGUGAACGAGAUCACGGACCAAUACGUCUGCACUCGCGGAAAGGACCCACUCGCCGAACAUGCUGCCUACGAACAGAUGGCCCUCUUCGCCUCUGCCUGCGCUUUCGCAUGGAGCAAGUGGAACGCCGAAUGUGACGCAGAGCAUCUGGUCAUGCAGGUGUGUGAGCAUCACGGCCCCGCCCCGGUGCCUAAAGGCUCGUGGAGUCUCUACCAGCUCGGUGCGCAGAGGAGCCAGAAGCUGGAAAUCACAGAGAAGAGUGACGACUACUCUCCAGACCUUUAUCUGGGAAGUGAGCUUCACUCCACCUUCAUCCACAUGCUCCAGGAUAACAUGAGUACUGAAGGCAUGGCGAGGACCAGAGAAUCCAAUUAUCUGUUUGUGGAUACAGUACAAAGCCUGCUCUGUGCCACCAGACCCCUGAUGUAUUCAUAACCUGUGUGAAA